UCAAAGUUUAUAGAGGGGGCAAAAGAUCUUGUUGAGAAAAAUGCUAAGAUGUACAAGGUUGGAGAGUAUACUGAUGUUCUUGCUGAUGUAAAAGGUAUGGACACCAGCGGUGUUGUUGCACUUGUUGUUUCAUCAGAUGAAGGCACUGGAAUGAAUAUCAAAGGCAUUUCAAUGCGAGAUAAACUGCAAGAAAUUUUCAUGAAAAGGCCUGUACAAAGGUCAAAGACAGUUUGCUUUAAUGCAUAUCUUCAACCAGAAAUUGUUGAUGUUGUGAAAAACACAAUUGAAGCAACAAUUCAGUUUGCUGAAAAUGGGACGAGAAGCCAAAUAGAGGAGUUGUUCGUCUGUUGUAUGAAGGGACACAAGGAAGUAUUGCAGAAGAUUGAUAAAAUAUUUCAACUAAAACGAGGAUAUUGCAGGGAGAUUCAUACAAAUGAUGCAAACAUUUGGGAAAAUAAAGAACCCACUUUGAAUGUGAUCGUCAGACUUGGUUCCCUACAUGAAGUUAAGGCAGAUGUCCUUGUUAAUACAACAAACAAAGACUUGAUUUUGACAAGAGGAAAAGUUUCACAGGAGCUCUUAACACUUGCAGGAACAUCACUGCUUGACCAGUGCAAAAAUAAGUAUCCAGACGGUAUACGCAAUGGAGAAAUAGCUGUCACAGAUUCACAUAAUUUGAGGGAACGUGGUUUCAAAUUUAUUUACCAUGCCGCACUGUUGGACUACAGUUAUGAAACUUUCCAGCAGAACAUCAAGUUAUAUGUGAAGCUAUGCCUUUGCCAAGCAGAACGAAAUGAAUGUUCAAGAAUUGCAUUUCCAGCCUUUGGUGUUGGAAAGUUACGUUAUCCUAGACGUGAAACAGCUGCUGCAAUGUUUGAAGCCAUUGAUGAAUUUUGUGAGGAGGCAUUAAAUCCGAAACUCAACAAGGUCAAACUGGUUGUUCAUGAAAGUGAUGACAAAACAUGCCAG